GAUUUCUGCUGAGAAGAAGCCAAGGAGAAAUAUGAAAACUCAAAUGUGCCCUGAACCAGUCUCAACCCUGAAGUUAAGGAAUGCAAAAGUUCCCGAAGUCGUUUUCUUCUCUGACCGAAAUCCAGUCCCACUUGACGACCGUGGAGCUGGGGAUCCUGUCUGUGGAUCCGCCCAGGGAAGGAUCCCGCAGAGGCCGCCGCAUUCCCAUCUACUCAGGCCCCAGCCGAAGCUUUCCAGGCAUCGGGACUGCUAGCCCUCCGCCCGCGGACCCACGCGGACCUUCUCCCGGAAUUCACGGCCCCCACUCUCUCCCCUCCCCUAAAAGUGGACACAGUGGAAGCUCUAGUGCCCGGGGAGGCCGAAGAGAGCGAACAGCAGAGGCUCAGGGUACAAGUCUGGGGCUUCCUGCAGUAGCGGAAAGGCCAGGGGCGGGGGAUUCCUGCAAACAGCUGGAGCCGGGGCCCUGCCCCCUCCGCCCCGCCCCAGUAAGAGAGGGCUGUAAAAUUCCGGAAGAGAGAUUAGAGGCAGGGGAUGGGUGGGGCGGUGAAUAGUACAUUCCUCCCUCCCCUUGCCUCCUCCUACCCGAUUAUCACUGCGGGAGGGUUGAGUCGUCUCUCGACCUUCUCAAGGCCGGUGCACUGGCAGCUUCCAGACAGGGGGCUUGAAACCUCCCACGCUCUUCUGAGCUUUGUGGGGCCUGGAUUGCUUAUUUCACAGCUCGUGACCCCAUCUGGUUUCGGGCUUGGAAAUUUUGGUUGCUCCUUGCAACUGGGUCUUUUCCGUAAGAGUGCUUCACAGGCCUGUCUCUGCAUUUGUUAGUAGUUCCUAUGUAUUGAGAGAACUUUGCAAUGGAGGCAUACUUAGCGUUAGAGGGAAGGAAUCUGAAGGCUUAGAGAGGCAGUGAAACCUCAAGGCCACACAACGGCAGAGCCAGGAAUCAACUCAGCUAUUGGUUCCACACAUUUCCCACCAAAUCCUGCGGCUUCCUUUGCUUCAGGUGAAAGGCAAGACUUAUUUGUUAGGGGUAGGGAAGCAACAUUUAUGGACCACCUCUCACCGCGCCAGCUACUUUAAAUAUAUUGUCUUUAAUCACUUCAUUUGUCACAACACCUCAAGACAGAUGUGAUCACCAUGCCUAUAUUACAGAUGAGGAAAACUUGAGAGGUGAGGCGUUUAAGGGGCAGAGCUGGGAUUCCUGUACAGUCAUAUAGCAAGGCCUGUGCUCUUUCUAAAACUGCAGUUAAGGUCUGCAUAGUGCUUGACAGCUUACAAAACAAAGAACAUUCAAGCUCUUUAUUUUAGA